GGACCUCUGGAUACAGCACUUGCCAAGGCAACCACAACCGCCCUGAAAGAUGCCGUGAAUAAAGAAUUCUCUCAAGCGAAGACUGCGUCGCAGUUUAUCGCAUGGGGCUUGAUUCUCGGACUUGUUAUUGUCUCCACAGUCUUCGUCACGGUUUAUCGCUUGUGUUUACCAGUUGACCCGAAACUACAAGGGAAGUAUGCUUUCCAAGAAUACGAAGCAGAGAAAGCCGUGACUCUUUUCAACGACAAAAUCAAACCACUUGCAGAGGCAGAUGCUGAACAGCUGAUCGAAAGUUUGUUCGAGAAGCACAAAGACAAGAAAGGCGAGGAACAAAUCAAAGCUAUCGAAGAGCAACUCAAGAAUUUGUUUCCGAGACACGCGGGAAAGUUGCACGCGCCUUUUCGCGCGCGGAAUAGUAGUAUAAAGCCAUAUACUGUUGAUUCCCCGUCUGCGGCUUCAGAAGAUAUGGAGAUGAAACCGAACGGUAUUACGAAUGCAACACAUUCGGGCUAAACUACAGAGUACGGGGCCACUAACGGGGACCGGCUCAUUGGAGAGCUAUUUAGGCAAAGCGGAGUGACGUUCAGGCUAUCCGGAGUGCUAUUCAAGUUAGCCAGAGCGUUCAUGAGACUGACUGGUUAAAAAAAAUGGCGCUCUGCCCGUUUACCCAUUUAACCACGCACUUAGCGAAAACGAGUUAAAUGCUUCGCGUUCACACUACCGUUUUCGGAGCUUUUCCCCGUCCAUACUUAAACGCUCGAAAACGCUGAUAUGGUAUGGAAAAAUACAAAGCCUUCGCCGUCGCUUUCGACGGCAUUUUAGAUGUAUGCGUUUUCGUUUAAAAACACGCGCCUUUUGACGCGUUGAGCGCACCGUCCACACUAAAGCGCCAGGAAACGCUCACCGUUUUCAUAAGAAACGCGAUCAGCAUUUGAGAAAGCCGCCAAUUGUACUGAGAAGACAUUUUCCAACGGGUGCCUAUCGCGUUAGUGUGGACUGGAAAAACUUAGGUAGUCCAUUUACGGCACAUGCGCCUUGGCAGAGGACUGUUGCUAUGUUUUCGAGCAUUUUCGUGUGGAGUGGGGAACUGCUGCGAAAUGCGUUUUCGGUUCGCACAAUCUUCGUUCCGAAAACGGAUUAGCUUGGGCGAGUGUUUGUUUUCAGUUGACGAAAUGGAGCACUAUUAGAAGAAUUUAAUAGACCAGGUUAAGAACUCGGAGGCUGAGUUUUAAAUUAAUUCACCCCACAAUAGGAAACACGCGUUUAUCAAUCAGCUCAUUAUCAAAGAAAAGUACAUAGAGCUGAGAUCUAAUUGAAUAAAAUCUUUUGAAACUUCGCAGUGCUCAACACAACGACAUCACUGAAAGGAAGGGACAAAACCGAGCUCUAGUUAAAUGUCACUUGCUUGGGACCUCAUAAGAUUCCGAAUUUAUCAUUUACAAGAAACACAAAGAUAAGAAGCAAAGUGGAUAGGGGA